GAUCAGCUGCUGGCGAACAGAGGAAGAGGAAGGGGCGGAGCUGUCUUGCGGCCAGACGCGGAGCAGUCAGCCGACUGCCGCGGGGGCUAGCCAGCUGUCCCGGGCGCUGUCCGGUCCCUGAGAGCCGGCUCCGAGACGGCGGGGUCCGGGCAGCGAAGCAGCCUGCCUAGGAGCUCGCGCAAUGCCCCGCCACGCAGUAUCGCCCGGCCAGGGCCACCCCAGGUCCGGACGGGAGCCGGAAUCGGACCGGUCCCGGGGCUCCCCCAGACUGAGGCUCCUGUGGAUAGGCCUGGCGCUGGCCCUGCCGCACGCCCUGGUUCUCUGGGCCCCCGCCGGGGCGCACCCGCUCCCCCCCCAAAGCCAUCCCGCCAGGUUCGGGCGCUUAGUGCCCCAGCUCCGCAACGCCUUUGGGUGGUGGAACCUCACCUGCCCAGUCUGCAAAGGCUUGUUCACCGCCAUCGACUUCGGGCUGAAGAAGGAGCCUAGUGUGGCCUGGGUGGGCUCUAUGGCCACCAAGAUCUGCAAAGUGCUGAAAAUAGCACCGCCCACUGUGUGCCAGUCAGCUGUCCAGCUCUUUGAAGGUGACAUGGUGGAAGUGUGGACACGCUCGGUGCUGAGGCCAUCUGAGGCCUGUGGUCUGCUCCUGGGCUCCACCUGUGGGCACUGGGACAUCUUCUCAUCUUGGAACAUCUCUUUGCCAGCUGUACCAAAACCUUCCCCACAGCCACCCAAGCCCCCAGCCCCAGGUGCCCCCGUUAGUCGCAUCCUCUUCCUCACUGACCUGCACUGGGAUCAUGACUACCUGGAGGGCACAGACCCUAACUGUGAGAACCCACUGUGUUGCCGCCGGGAUUCUGGCCUGCCACCUGCCUCCCGCCCAGGUGCUGGAUACUGGGGAGAGUACAGCAAGUGUGACCUGCCCCUGCGGACACUGGAGAGCCUGUUGAGUGGGCUGGGCCCUGCUGGCCCCUUUGAUAUGGUGUACUGGACAGGAGACAUCCCAGCCCACAAUGUCUGGCACCAGUCACGUCAGGACCAGCUUCGGGCCCUAACCACCGUCACAGCCCUUGUGAAGAAGUUCUUGGGGCCAGUGCCUGUGUACCCUGCUGUGGGCAACCACGAGACCACCCCUGUCAAUGGCUUCCCUCCUCCCUUCAUAGAGGGCAAUUUCUCUUCCAGCUGGCUCUAUGAAGCAAUGGCCAAGGCAUGGGAGUCCUGGCUGCCUGCUGAAGCCCUUCACACCCUCAGAAUUGGGGGGUUCUAUGCCCUCUCCCCACGCCCUGGCCUCCGUCUCAUCUCUCUCAAUAUGAAUUUUUGUUCUCGUGAGAACUUCUGGCUCUUGAUCAACUCUACAGAUCCCGCUGGACAGCUCCAGUGGCUAGUGGGGGAGCUUCAGGCUGCUGAGGAUCGAGGAGACAAGGUACAUAUAAUUGGCCACAUACCCCCAGGGCACUGCCUGAAGAGCUGGAGCUGGAAUUAUUACCGGAUUGUAGCCAGGUAUGAGAACACCUUGGCUGGUCAGUUCUUUGGCCACACCCACAUGGAUGAGUUUGAGGUCUUCUAUGACGAGGAGACCCUGAGCCGGCCGCUAUCUGUAGCCUUCCUGGCGCCCAGUGCCACCACCUACAUCGGCCUUAAUCCUGGCUACCGUGUCUACGAGAUAGAUGGCAACUACCCGGGGAGCUCUCAUGUGGUCCUGGAUCAUGAGACCUACAUCCUGAAUCUGACACAGGCUAAUGAACCAGGAGCCGUGCCACGUUGGCAGCGUCUCUACAGGGCUCGAGAAACCUACGGACUGCCCAAUGCACUGCCUGCCGCCUGGCAUGACCUAGUGUACCGCAUGCGGGGUGACACGCAACUAUUCCAGACCUUCUGGUUUCUCUACCAUAAGGGCCACCCGCCCUCAGAGCCCUGUGGCAUGCCCUGUCGCCUGACUACUCUGUGCGCCCAGCUCUCAGCUCGCUCAGACAGCCCUGCUCUAUGUCGCCAUCUGGUGCCGGAUGGAAGCUUCCCUGAUGACCAGAGCCUGCAGCCAAGGCCACCUCUCUGUUAGGAGCCCCAGAGCCCACAGUUGGCAAAGUACAAAUCUUCAGAAAGGAGCAAAAACCCCAGAGGAUAGCUGUGGUAAGAAGAGUGGUGGAAGACCCCACCUCUGGGCCCCAAGAACACCAGGGAAAUAGGACCUUCUUUCAUGGAGCUCUGUCCGGGGCUCUGCCUCUGCCCAGCAUCUAAGCUGCUCUGGGACUACUGUCUUUCAUGGCUGUGGAGCAAAGGUCUAAGUUGGUAUGCCCCAGCAGACCAGACAGAAGCCGUCACUUCAGGCCUGUGCUGGCCAGCCAGGAACCCUGUACUGCUGCUGUUGCCUGGUUGCCAGGCUGUUAAAAUAAAGAUAAGAGACUUGGACUCCAGA